CAUAAUUUUUUCUUAUUUACUUUAGCACUUAGAGAAUUUACUUAAUUAAUUUUAUUAGAUCUAUUUAAUUUAAUCUGUUACGUUUAUGGGGAGGGGCAGCUAAUGGCACACAAUCUAAUAUUGCACAAGUGCAGAAGUAAUACGUCGUUCUUCGUCGUCACAUGCAAUAUUAGCAAAAAUUCACGGCGUAAAAGUGUUUCGCUUUCAAAAAACUUAUUUUUUUUUUCUACAAAGUAUUCUAUACAGAGAGGAGCUUUAAUGUAAGUAGCAAAACGCAUCGAUUAACAAGAAAAUAAAAGACGAAAAUGGUGGAGAUCUAUAUGCCAGACGACAAUUUACUGUCGAUAGAACACUAUUUACAACCUAUAGUGUACAUUUCCUGUCUCCUGGGCGUCGGCAUUGCACAUCCGCGAAAAUGGCCCAAGAUUGUAACAAUAAUCAUACGUAUUGUUCACCUGGUUUUGUGUACAUUUAGUCUGAUAAAUCUCUUCUAUAAUUUUGUAUUGGAUUGUAUAGAAGAUAAAUUUAAUGUAUUCUGCGGUGCAAUUGCACUAAGUAUUAACGUAAUUUAUCACGUGUCGUCAUAUUACUACAUUUAUCAUGGAAUCAGACAUCAUGACAAGUGGUUGAAGCUAAUGGACAAAAUAAAGGAAGUCGAUCAGAAGAUCAAAAGAGAAACACACAUUAAUGUCAAGCCAUUAAAAAUCCUGGAAAUUGUAGCUAUUAUCGUGACUUUUACUUGCUGUCCUUUAUUGCUGUCUGUUCACGCCCUGUAUAAGUUUAUAUAUUCGUCUGUUGUGGUGAAAGACUUGUUGAGUUACUACAUAUUGGCUCAGUCGACGAUCAACUGCUUUGUUUUUGACGUUGUCGUCUAUAUAUUGUAUCACAGAUAUCAAACGAUAAAUAAGUUGUUGGGCCAGAUGGAUCUAUCUGGUACGUCAAAACGAAUCGCAUUUAAGAUUAAAUGCAUCAGAGAAAUGCAUUACGAUAUUUGUGAUCUUGUCGUCAUGAUAAGUGAUAUUCAUGGCUUUUAUCUUUUCAUUGUUUCGAUAAACUGUCUCGACACGGCUGGGUUGGCAGUGUUCGAGAUCAUACAGAUGAUUAAAUAUAACACGAUAUGUAAUGAUGAGGAAAUAUAUGUGUUAAAAAAUAUUUUCUUUUUGAUCAUGUAUAUCAUGCAAUUUUACCUGACAUAUUGGAUUUGCCAACUCAUUUAUCAGGAGUUUGACAAAACCGGGACAAUUAUAUGUGGGAUUCUAUUAAAAUGUAAAUCUGUGAAUCUCGAUACACUAAAUGAGACAAGGAAUCAAUUUAAUCUAGAGGUACGAUUGCCAAUGAAAGAUUUAGGCACCCAGCAAAAAUGUUAUUCGUGUAACAAUCUGAAUUACGUCGCCAUGGAAAAUUUGUUGCGUCAAUAUCCGAACCGAGAAUGGUCGAGUCAAAACCUGGACUGUGUCAGAAACGAAAUCAAUGACUUUUCUGUUCAAUUGCAGCAUCGUCGUAUAGCUUGCAAGUUCUUCGAAGUUAAUAACUUCAUUAACAUUAUUAAAUUAACAUACGUUAAAUUUAUGAUCCUGGCUUGUCUAGCAGUCCUUAUUCGAUUCUAUGAAUUAGCUAAAAUUGGGAGCAGUUAUUAGCGGUAUCAGCUAAUGCUUGUCUAAAUUUUAAAGCUGUGUUUCUUUGCAUUAAAUUUGCACUGCAAAUUAUCGAAUAGUUUUCUAAAUGUUAAUAUUUAAUAAUUAAAGAAGAAUGUCAGAAAAAUUUAUAAAUUGUUGUAAAACUUUUAAUAUUAAAACUUUUGUUUUCAUACUUGGAUUUGAAAGAAGAAAACGUAAGAAAAGCGUAUGUAUUUUUAGCUCAUAAGAUAAGGGAUAGAUCUAUAUCAGUGUAUCUACUGGUUUACAUUAAGGAAGAUUAUUUAGAUAAAUUAAAUUUAUUUAUUUAAGUAUUAUAUAUAAUGUAUAACUUAUAAUAUAUAUGUACUGUUGUUCAACGGAAAUCAGGAAAGAUGGUUGUUUCUUCAGGAGGAAAAGUGUUAGAAAACUGUUAUUCUUUUUUAUGUACGGACUAUUAAUAGGCACACGGUAUAAAAUAAUGUAAUAUUAAAAAUUUAUUUCUUUAAAUAAUGUAAUAAUGCUGCACCUAUGCUUUUAAGAAUAAAUAUAAAUUCAU